GAAUCAUAUGCAAGUUCAAUUUACUGUCUUUCACGCGGUUGGUGUCUCACGUUAUGUCGGAAAAGAUCAGAGAAGCCUGAAUAAACACAAACGUGUGAGUUCAAUGGGAAGAAGACUUUCAUGCAUCACCCAUGCUUUUUUUUUUUUUAAUGUAAAUGAUUCUAUUUGAAGAAAAUAACAAGUGUGAUUUUUGAGGGACAGUAUGAAAAUAUGUUGUAAAAUGUGUGAACUUUGACAACUUCAUGUCUUGACAUUCUCUCUUUGCAUGUGUUAAAUUAAAUACAGAGAUACAGGGUAUGGUUUCUCUUAAUUCAGUGUGGAAUAAAGUUUAUGGACUCUAACCAAAGAAGUCAUUUGAUUGAACACACAGGGAUCGUGUUUGAUGUUGGAAAACACAUGACAUCUCUCAGCUCUGUUGUUUCCAUGUGUGUGUUGGUGUGUGUUAAUGUAUGCACCUGUUGAUAGAUAUCUACUUGCUCCCUCUGUUAUAAUCAGUUUGGCCUGUAUUGGCGGUUAAGUUGCAUUAUUAAGUUUCCGUCGCCAUAAUGCAGGAAUCCAAUAUGCCUGUGUAAUUUUUAUAACUUUUGUGUUAUCUCUUUGAGUUAACCCGGGACCCUGCAAAUGAUAUUCUCACGUACUGCCGAUUGAAAUUCAGCACCUGUGAAUGGGACUGCCUCAAAGCAGAUUGAUGAUGGAUGACCUCUCACCUCCUCACAUCACUGUGGUGGUCUCGGAAAGUGCUGAAUGUGAAGAGGAGGAAAUGUCAAAAGAUGACCACCUCAUGACCCUGAAGGCCUUGACAGAGAAACUCAGACUGGAGACCAGGAGGCCUUCUUAUCUGGAGUGGAAAGCAAGGCUGGAGGCAGAGAGCUUCAGAAAGACGGGGACUGGAAAAGGCCAGAUUCGACGGGAGGCCGACGGGAACCUAGCAGCACCUAAGGAGGGCGCGGUGAUCUCUGACGUGUCUGAGCGUCGAAAGCUGUCGUCUGGUGUGCUGAAAGGAUUCGGGAACAUUGACGACGCUCUCAGUUGGCUCAGGAAGGAACUGACCGACAUGCGCUUGCAGGACCAGCAGCUGGCGAGGCAGCUCAUGCGGCUCCGGAGCGACAUCAACAAGCUGAAGAUCGAGCAGACGUGUCACCUGCACCGGAGGAUGCUCAACGACGCCACCUUUGGCCUGGAGGAGCGCGACGAGCUGUCUGACCUGCUGUGCGAGUGUCCAGUGACCCCGGGCCUCGGCCUCUCGGCCCCGCUGAGACUCAUCGGUGUCACAAAGAUGAACAUUCACUCUCGCCGCUUCUCGCUCUGCUAGUGGCUCUCGGGUCUCGAUAGUGUGACACUUGUCCUCGGUGCAGCGCGUCAUGUGUUAGAUAGUAGUGACACUCACUCACUUUGCGUUGUUUUGAGGCCAGUUUUAGACCUUUAGACCAGGACUAUUCACUUCCCACACAUCAAUAUGUGUAAAAAGGUACACAGUAUUAGCUGUAACUAUUUUAAAUAAAAAAAUUAACAUCU